AUGCCACCUCCUCCAGCAGCCGUAGGUGUGCAUAAUUCACAGACUCAGAACGAGGGAAGCAAUGACCCCUCGUUUAUAGUGCUAAUCCACCCAGAUACCUCAACUUUUGGUGUAUGCAGAUACUAGUAUCUAUCCAAUACGAGCGCAACCUAAUUCUUCAUGUUGUAUUUCAUUUCCUCUGUAUGUAAGUCAGAAGUUUCUUUGGUGGGAAAUCUGGCAAAGUCCUGUAUUUUUUUUUUUAAUGUCUUAGUUUCAUUUCACAAGUUACAGCAGUCAUACUUGUGAAAUGAAACUAAGUUGCCCACAGGACCCACUCAUAAGUUAAAAAGGAGGUUUCUUGUGUUCUUGUUGGAUCCUUUUUUUGUGGUCCUUUGUGGUCACAGAGAGAAGAAGGAUAAAAACCAGAAAUCAUCACCUACAGUAUAAAGUAUAAAAGUAGUCCAUGUGGAUAAAGAAAUUUAACAAUUCAGACUCUUGAGAGGAACAGUAUUUUGUACUGAGGAUUAUGACUUUUAUCUCACCACCACUUUCACUUCCUUAGGCAAUCAGUUCAUAAACAGUCAGUGUUUCUCAGUUUCACAUGACUCUCUCUACACCCACAGCUGUUUGGUUACCAGCGGAGCAACUCUUAUGUUCUUAAAUCUGAGCCAAAAUAAACACUGUCCUAGGAUCUAUUUUCCUAACACACUCACACUCGUUUGUUAAAGGUGUGGGUUAUGAACACACCAAGGUAGGAUGUUAUCAACAGCAGGUUAUAACACAUGACAGGGGUUUUAGUUCGUAAAGAGACACUCUGGUUGCACAUCUACAUGAGUAAAUCUAUGUAUUUAAACUCAGAGGUCUGCUGUUUGGACUCAAUGUGUCUGUUAGUUUGGUUUCAAAGCCCUGCAGAUACAGACACGGACAGGUGGGACUAAAUAAGAGGAAAAUAUGUCACUCUAUAGUCCAAAGAAGGCCAAUAGUCAACUGUAGACUGAUAAUAGAGAGGAUCUAGAGUCUCUUAUUGUGUGCUGACAUCAAUGUCUACGCUUGUUCGUAAAGACCUUUUACCUACUAUAUAAAACACCCACAUAAAUACGCGGUUUGCUGGAUCCGUUUCGCCAGCACAUUGAUAUUUAUAGUCAUUUUAAAAGCUUUUAUGACCAUCUCUGCCCCAGUCUGACUAGGCUCACAGUGUCUACAAAGCCAGUUCCGGGUCAUUUAUACUAAAUAAGUCUGCGUAAAUAUGACAGAGCGGGAUUUUUUUGAACCCUAAAUAGAGUAAGAAACAAACCAGAGCCUUUUCUUACCUUACAGCUCACGUAGUCGUUAGCAACUUCACUCCCAGUGUGGCAAACAAUCUGUGUUUACUGUGAAAUCCUGUGUCACGAACGUCGCUGCCCAUAAUAGGAGCAUGGCGCUUUAGUAGCACUGCUGCCCCCUGCAGGUCAGGAGUGGAAUGGUAUUGUAGAGAAGAGUGACAGUAAAAUGUGGGAAGGACAGUUGUUGUUUCACCUGUCACUGUGCCAUCUGUUGAGUUUAGCCACUUUACCAUUGGCUGCAGACAGAUUGUUACAUAGCUUUAACUCUUACCGCCAAAAGCACUUGAACAGUUUCCCUCCAGACACGUGCAACACGGACUUAGCAAUCUUCCUCAAAACUCUGGUAAGUCUUUAAGGAAAGAGUGAGUUGAUGUUGAGGUGUUUAUUAGUUUGAUUUGGUAUUUUACUCAUUGUUAUUAAUCUCAGUUGCCUGUGGAGAUUAGCUAAAUCCAAAUGACAAUCAUCUUAAAUUCAAAAUCACAGGAUUUCAACGUUUGAAUGUAAAAGAAACAUGUAGUUAUGUGCCACAGGGUGCAGAUGUUUGGUUGUAUUUAGAGAUCUGUGUGAUAAAUGGUUAAAGGUCAAGCAAAAACAAAUGUAAAUAGAUUUGUGUUCAUAUUUGAUGACUGGCAAAACAUUUAAUUUUUUCUAGAAAAUAUCUGUACCACAGUUUUUAAACCUCCCUUUCACUGUCUUACUGUACAUUUACAUGAGAGUUACACCAUGAGGCAAGAAGAACGGGCUGGUUUUCUUCAGCCAUCACUAGCUCAGUAACACUUGUGAUUUGAAUUCCAAUGAACCUCAGAUCCGGAGAGGAAUAACGUGACACAAUGACCUUGAGACAAAGUGCCAUUACUUUCCUGCUCCUCAGAAGAAUAAAAGUAAUUCCAGUUAAAGUCAUUCAUUUUGUUGAUUUGCUUGCAAUGUCACUUGUCUGAGAGAGACCCGGCGGAUCGCUAUACGUAAAAAGAGAAAAAGACACACACACACACAGAGCAGAAGAGAGAGAGAGAGAGGGAGCAAGAGAGAGAGGAAGUCACAUCCUGGGUGUGCGGGAUGGAGCUUCAGUGAAAGAAGUGGAUUAGGAAGAGACGGGGAGUUCGAUAUGAGACACUAAUGUCUCUAUUAACAUUUACCUAAACACCCAAUGACUGUUUUAAGGCUGGACUUUAUUAGAAUACCCGUUAAACUUGGACCCACAGCACACCCCUGUGGUUUUUAAUUUACAUUGAUGGAUACUAUAGCAGCUUUGGUCGAGCUAUGCACUCAUUUCACCAGUGAACGCAUGGAAACUGUACCACAGAAGGAGGUAAGAAACAGGUUCAAUUUUGUUUGAUAAACUGAAUUUACUUUGUGAUUUCAUUGGGAUCGUGAUACAACACUGAUGUUUUUGUUGUUGAAUAAAGUCAUCUCUACAAAAAACUGAAAGGAGGAGCAUAAGAAGCUCUAAAUUUUGAAGGUCAAGGAUUCUUUAUUAGUACUUCAGAAGGAAAACUGGUUGUGCAGACGGGGAUUUGGAGUACAGGUUUUUAAAGUCAGUAUUUUGCAAAAUGAAUCUGUGACUGCCUGUGCAUUUUGUAAUUAUGUGACCCUGGAUUGUUUGUUGCAUUAUCACACAGAAGCUUUGCAUCUGGAUGUUUCCGUGCUUAACAGCUAUUUCUUUAAGAGCUGUGUCCUGUCCCUCUCCUGUCAUUUCAACUUCCUAUCAGUUAAACUAAUGAUGACAACCAAGCUGGGAAACUUCCAAACACUAUCUUAGAGGCCAGUGAACUUAAAAACACUGGCCUCAGAAAUGUGAAAGAAUGAGAGUCAAGAGGAAGAGAGAGAUUUAGUCACUUUGAGGGACAAAGGUUGGUCCCCCGAGUGGACAAAACAGCAGAGGAAGGAGCACACAGCGGGACACCAAAGGAACGACAAAGCAGAGGGGAGUGAUUCAUUCGCCCAAGAGUUCCUUAGUAGCUGUUUGGGUGUUGGUUUGUGUGAUAAACUGCUGAAGAGAGUUGCACAUUAGCCCCUGUACUUCAUUUAGUCUGCCAAGCAUUGCUCCUGAAUAUAAAAAACAGCCAGCUGUGAUAUUCAGUGGUUUUGAAAACGCCAGGUAUACUGUCCGUCACAGCUAAGCCGAUCUGGUAAAAAUCUUACUACACAUGACACAGAUGUUUUCUCUUUGUCUCAGGUGUGCUGUGAUAAUGGAGGCCUCUGAGAGAAUGACCAGGCUGGACUGUGUCUACUCCACUGUUCACAGGUUUGUACAGAUUGAUCUGCGCUCACUUUCUCAUUGAAAAUCAAUAUUUUCCUUUAAAAUCUCCACUCAACCGGAGAAAUCUGUGAUAAAAAUUAAGUUGCGAGUACCUCAUUAUAUCCGUUAAAGAAAAGUCAUAAAGGUCUGUUCACUCAUGGUCUCCCACUUCCUCAAGUUUGUUUAUUAAAAACAUGACAGUUUGAUGAAAUGGGCUACGGUCCAAGCAUGUGUUUAUUUAGUGAGGCGAUGAAGAGAAGAUGCUCGGUCAUAGGGUUGUCCUCUGGCAUGUACUCACAGGAUGAAUUUUCCCACUGUUGCCUUAAAAAGACAGUAUCCCACUUCUGGUAGUCACAUGGUAUUUACUGGGAAGAUCUCUAUAGUGUUUUUCUGAGGAAUUCUCUAAUGUAAUGGUUCCCAACCAGUGUUAUCACGAAGCCCUUACAAAUAGGCCCAGAACCACAAACGGAAUAGUUUAUGAUAACUAAAAAAAAGCCUGUCAUUGUUAAUAACUGGAUCUAAAAGGACACAUCUUAUUUUGUUUUCCCAAUUGACAUGUCUCCAUGUUACCACUUCGUGGGUGGAUAAUAUACAAAGCUGUUCACAAAUUUGUUCUUAGCAUCGAGCUAAUUAUUUGUUUACCGAAGCUAAUAUUCUAGCUAAUUGUUUCUACUGCUGUAGCCAUUUAUCCAGUAAGUACUUCAAACGUGAAUAUUGUACAAAUAGGUAUUUAAACUUUUAAGCUGUUUACUUUAGCAGUUUUUGUUUAUGCAUUACUUAGCCUAAGAUAAUUACAGAGAGUAGCCCAGGGUCUAGACCUGCACUGAGGUACUAUUAGUCACCUCUGUUAGCUUGCUUGCUCACAAAAAAUUCCAACACUAUAUUCUGAUUGAUGUCUUGUUUGCUUGCCAACAAUGAUUUUAUUUUUUCAUUAUCAGAUGUUAGUCUGUAGCUAGAGUAAUGGCAGGUUAAUGGCUUAUCGUAGUGUCAUUACAUUUUUAACCUUCCUCCUGCGUUAGCUUUUACUACGCACCCACCAUGUUAAGGGUCGGUUUCGACCCGUGUCUUAAAUCAGCUGUAAAUUACACUAAUCUAUCAUCCAGUUUGGUUCUCAUCUCUAGGUAACCUUGUACAGCUUCAUUAUCCGUGAAAUUAUUGCUUAUAAUAUUUUGUUGUGGUCCUCUGGGCCUUCCUUUGUCAGUAUACCCCUCCCACAGACAUCUAUACUGAAUUGAUCUCACAUGUUUGGACAUGCCUGACAUUGUUUUUUGUGCAGAGAAAAAAAGGAAAUAAGAGAAUUUCCUAAAUCUCACAUGAUUGGAAGAGGAUCUGACUAUCAGUGUGUUUCCUGACAGUGCACUUAUGAUUUCAGAUUUUGCUCUUAUUAUUAGAUAUUGAUCUAACCGGGUCAACAGCGACCCUAACACGGCAAGUGCCAUAAUUUUAAUAAGAGCAUUUUAUAAUUUAUUCAAUUUAAUUUUUUUUUAUUUUUAUUUUGUUGAAAUAGAGGUUCCUGACAAAGUCAAAAAGUCUUGAUGCAAAAAAACCUUAUUUAAGUGGUUCUUUAAAAUAAAAAAAUGGGUUGGUGCAGACACUAACACAGGAGGAGGGUUAAAACCCUAAAAUUUGUACUUUUGUUUUUAGAGAACUUUUUUUGUUAACAUGCUCAACUCUCAGAAGUUCCCACGUAAUAUUUACAUUUAAAUGUUUUUUCUUUUUUGCACUUAUUUGAUUUUCAUGUGUAUAUUGAUGCAAAACUAAGACUUUUUUCUCAUUGUUUUUAGGCUACAGAAAAGUUGUCUUCUUGAGACAGGUCAACACCACAUUGCUUCAGCAGAAAAAAAGUUCACUGAGCAAAAAAAAGAGGGGACACCAAAGCUGCCCUUCACUCCUUUAGAGAACUUGUGCUCUUGGGGGAAAGACUCACCCAUAAUGGCUCACAGGAGGCCGAUGCUUGACCCUCAGAACAAAGACACCACUCUCUUGGCUGGCAACAAGCUCCCCAGAGCCAAUGGAUGCAACAUUAAGGACAAGAUUUCUCUGUGGGAAGGGAAGGAACCCACCCACUCAACCACUACCUCCGGCUCUUUGAGUCAGUGUGCCAGCGUAAAAAGGACAGAAUCACUCACAAAAAGCAAGUCCUCUGAUGUGCAGAUCGCAGGGAGGGAUGACAGAGUUGUAAAUGAGGAGAAGGAAAAAAGUGGGAAAGAGAGCUCUGGAAAACUUCUGGAUUCAAGGCCCUGUUCACCUUUAGAAAAUGGGAAACAGCAACGAGGCAUGCUUAAAAGCAACAAACCAAAUGAGAUCCAAAAAGUGGAGGACGGUGGCAGAGCUGGCUUCAAAGAAACACAAGAUCAUGGAAAGGAAAAUGAGGAAAGGCCUGGGCAUCCAAGGCCUUGUUCGCCUACAAUUACAGUGCAGCAGCAGGUGGGGACACUGAAGAAAAGCAAUGAAAGGAGAAAAGGGGAACAAAACAGCCAGGAGAAGAGAGAUGUAUUCAGUCUUUUUAAAAAGCUGGAGGCUUUGGGGGAGAACCACGGGAAAACCCCCCCAGAGCUCGGCAACUACUUCAGCCCACCGUGUAAGGACAAACAGGUAGAGGUCAAGAAAGUACCUGAGGGUAAAGGUCAGACCAAUGCAGGGGAAUCCAUUGGUGCUACACAAGUGAAACAGAACCAAGAAAAUGUCUACACAGAGCCAGGCACAUUACCCAUCAACCCAGUCCCCAAACCCAGACGUACUUUUCAGCAUCCAGCUAAUUCCCCCACAAAAAAGCAACAAAGACAGGGUACAGGGCAGAGGAACCUCCCCCCACUGCCCUCCAGCUCUGUGAGAAGUCUCCCAAAACCUGUUUCUGGUGUUUAUGGAAGACAAAGGGGUGAAAGAACCAGAGAUAACAUCAUUAGGUAAGAAUGGAAAGACUUUUGUUUAUCCAAACCUUAACCCUCUACAGUAAUUGUUAGAAAAACAUGUUACACUUUUCCCUCUACCAUGCCAGGAAAUCCUCGGAAUUUGAAGACCUUGCAGGGUCAACCAGCCAGCUCUUGCCUCGCUCGCUGUCUCAGGAACAUCACUAUGAAGACAUCUUAGGUUAGAACCCUCUCUUACCAUCCUUUGUUAAGAAAUAGUUAAAAUUUGGUCUAUACACUUUGGCUAUGAUUUUAACAGGAAGUAGAAUAUUACUGUUGUGUUGUUCUGGUAAAUGAAAUAAGUCAGUGGCCACAUCAUAAACUGUAUAAAGAAUGGAUGCUGUCUGCCUCCCGUGAGAACAGCCCCCUCUGGUGAUGGGCUGCAGUAUAGGUCAUAAAUCCCGCCUCCUCCAGCAAUCCCUAUGAAGCUGUGGACAAACUUUAGAAAUUUAUUACACAGAACAUAAAUUAUUUCCCCCCUGCUUGCAAUGUUGACAUGUAGUUACUGCAAGACUGGUUUGUGCUCAAGUCCUCUUUUUUCUGUUUCGCAUCAUUUUUAAAAGUUAUUACAGGGUUCGUGUUUUAUAUGAUUGACACUUGAUACAGCCUUAAAAGUUACCGAAUGCGCACAACCCUACUGCACAAUGUUGGUUUUCAGGAAGUGGAGAAAAAACACAGAAUUACUGAGAGCUUUUCGGCUUCAAAUCCGUAUACUGGCGGAACCAAGUUGUCUAGUUUAUACAGUCUAUGGGCCACAUACCUUAGCUCAGCUUAGAUUGACAUAAAGGUUGGAAACAGAGGUAAAGAUCAUCAGGCCAGGUUUUAAUUAUUUUAUUAUCUAAUUAUAGGGUUUAAUUAUGCUAUAGGCUAGGCUAACUUACAGAUUGGAUAAUCAGCGUGCUACCUCUUAAAUACAAUGUUGUUUAUAUGAUUUUCACAACAUCGUGUCCUCUCACAGCAGUAAUCCAAAAUCAAGUUGAAAUUUGCAGAUUUAAAAAUAUUCAUAGCAACUUCUUACAAAAUAAAUAUUUCUUGAACCCGGAGGCUUUGUGGUUUUAUAUUUAUAGAAACAGGAAGAAUUCUUAUGACUAAUGGUUAAAAGUUGCCCUCUGUGGUCUCCCUACAGACUCAUCCAAAGAGAACCCAUAUGAGGACAUAGAGCUGGAGAGCCAGUGUUCCCAGCAGUCCUUGCCCUCCUCUCCUGGAGCCGAUACUGCCAAGGUUCCUUCUGUUUAAGCCAAGCAUAACACCUCACAGAAACGACAUUUCUUAUUUGAACGGUAAUAGAAAAAUCAAUCACCCUGUCUACAGAUCUUGCGGCCUGGUUUCUUCAGGCAGAAUUCAAACAGAAGCUUUAAACUUCUGGACCUGAGAAGACCCUACCAGCCGACCCAUAGCACCAGCAGUGGAGGCAUCCCAUCUCCACCCCAGACCAGCCCUCCCUCCACUCCCACUGGGCCUGAGAACACCUCAUGGCUGCCCGGGGAUCCAUACAGCCGUACCUGUCGCAGGAUACCAACAGUUUGUUCAAGCGUUUUUUUUACAGAAAUAUUUCCAUAAAGUCAUUCUGAUUAAAUUCUUCUCUCUGACUGAAAGCUCUUGCUUGACAGGUUGUUCUCAGAAUAAACGGCAUCUUUGAGUCUCGGAUCGGGAAGAAGCAUCUACGAAGGAUCUCCCAUUAUGCCGAGACAAGCUCAGGAAGAGGUGAUGUAAAAACAUGACUUGAUUUCUUACCAAACCUCAUAAUGACAUGUAAGUUUGAUUAAAGUUUGAGUUGUGGCUGAAUAGACGUGACUUUUGUUUGCAGUAACAGAUGACAACAGUGACUCUGAGAGUGAAAUUGAGGAGAGAGCAAAAGGUAAAAUACCUUAGAUUACCUCAUUUCCUGUUGAACUUUGUAGUUACUGACAUCUAUAAUCUUUUCAAUGAUACUGACUCUUACUUUCCCAUUCCUAUAGCAUCUCGUCAGCGUCUCGUGUCAGUCAAGUCCAUUCUGAGCAAGCCAAACCAGGCCAAAGUCCACUACAACGGUACCAGUGGCUCCCAGGAAAAACAGGAGCUUCACCAGCGUCAGCUCUUUGAAUAUUUUCUGGUUGUGUCACUGCAGAAGUCAAAGGGGGGAGCCCACUAUCUGCCUGAAGUUACACAGCAAUUCCCCCCGAAGGUCAGGAGCAGAGGAGUUCUUUAACAUUUACCUUUAAUUGUGAAAUGCUGUUUUAAAGAGACAAUGCACUGACUAAUCAACCUAACUAGUACCAGAAAUUUUCAUUUAAUAACCUAGCUUUAAAAAAAUGGUUGGAAACUGCAAAAUUUGUACAAAUCUUACAGAGACAACUGCAAAUUUUAUGUAAAGUGUAAGGACAAUUUUUGCACAACUGUACCUCCAUCUGCAGGGCUCCUCAGGGCUUCUGGCACCUGUUCUGUUCUCUUUACAUAAUCUGGGUUCCCUUGUAACAGAACCCAACUUCUCAUUUCACCUCUUUGCAGGUGGUACUCAAAUAAGGGCCUGUGUCCACUGAUGACAUCUUUUGUGAUAGCGUUACCUAUUUUCUACAUAAAUCCAAUGCUGAUGAAAGUUUCCAGAGUUUAAAAUGCUAAGCACAAUUUAUCCUUGGCAUCAGCUGUUUUUUUUGUGCCUGAGCUUACAGUACUAUCAGUUGAAAGUGGUUUAACUUUAAAAUUGCUGUUGAUGUCUUUGCUCCAUGAUUAACCAGUCAAAAACAAAAAAGGGUGAGACUUCUGGUGCCAGUGUUGUCAGACUUGAUGAUGAGGGUCUGUAUGUUGGACAAACCAACCAUUCUCAAUUUUUUAGGGUUCUUCAUCAAGGUCCAGACUUGCUUUAAAUGCCAUGAUAUGGUUUGUUUUUAAAAAGUGUAUUUACAUUUUCUGAUAAACAGCAAGAAUGAAACAAACUUAAUGGUCACUAACAAGGGAUUUGGAGGUGUUACCAGGAAACUUUUAUAGCACAACACCAGUAAGAGAUAAUCUCAGAAAUUGAAGAUAUGGGUACUGCCAGCACAGAAAAUUGGCAUUGGUGGACACAGGCCCUUAAUUUUCUGCCAUAAUGCUACAGGCCUUAGUUGUGUUAGAGUUAUAUCAAAGACAGUUUAGUUCACUGGUGUUUGUCAGCUCAUGCUGUUCUUCAUGCACAAUAGAAAUAAGAUAUUUUGACUAAUGCUGAAAUUUUAAAAGACAGAAAAAAAAAAUCCUGAUAAUGUCAUCAAUUUAAGGAUUAUUACCAACGACUAUAAUGUCAGGUUAUCUUCAGUGCUUCACCUCUCUCUCUUUUGUGAAUUCAUGAGCAGAAUUUUGUCAGUCUUUAUUCAGAUUUCACAGCUCCUACUUAUUGAUGAGGACAUUGAAGUUUGAUCUGAGUGAUUACGGAGAAAAGUUUGUAAGAUUAGCUUGAUUGUGCCUCUUUGACUCUGUUGCAGCUGGAGCGGAGCUUCAAGUUCAUGAGGGAGACGGAGGAUCAGCUGAGGAUCAUUCCUCAGUUCUGCUUCCCUGAUGCUAAAAGCUGGGAGCCUGUGGAAAACUUCCCAAGGUAAGAUCCAUGAUCUAAAUAAACUCAUUGUUUUUCAAUAAAAUAUACUGAUGACGUGUUUAUUUCUGUAUAUGUCGUGGCUCUUCUCUCACAGUGAGAUGUUCUCCUUUGUUUUGACUGGUGAGGAUGGGAGCAGAAGGUUUGGAUACUGCCGACGUUUACUGGUAAAUAGAAAUAUGUCAGAUUAAUAAGGCUACUGGACAGGAAGUGCAUGAAUACCAUGAUGACGGCUGAGAAAAUAACCAUACCAAAAUAAUCUGCGUGCCUGUGGGAAUAGAGUCCAUCUCAGAGUCUGGGAGGAAGUGUGUGCGACUGGAAAAGAGUGUGUUUGUGUGUCUUUGCUUAUGUUUCCAUGUAUUUUAUAGACUGUGUUUAUUUCAGCACUCUAUACUCGUAAAUUAAAGGGUUUUCUCUUUAGAUUACGAAACAGUAGAAGUAUUUCUAAGCACAGACUUUAUGAUUUCUGUCGAAGAAAAAACAAUUCGUGACACUGACUCAGACACAUCUUCAUUUGUAAUGUACCAUUUUGCUUCUUUAAUCGCUAACACUUUGAGCUUUGACUGUCACUCUUUCUUUACAGCCAAGUGGAAAAGGCAAACGUCUACCGGAAGUCUACUGUAUUGUUAGUCACCUUGGCUGUUUCAACCUUUUUUCCAAGGUAAAUUCCUCCUACUGAUCCCCUAUAACUCUUAAAAGUAAACUCAGCCAACUCACAGGGUGUAAAUGUGUGUAUUGAAGGUUCUGGAUGAAGUGGAGAGAAGGAGGGCCUUAUCUCCGGCUCUAGUGCAGCCUUUCAUGAGAGCCAUCAUGGAGGCCCAGUUUCCUGCUCCAGGGAGAACCAUCACGGUUAAAACGUUUCUCCCGGGAUCAGGCACUGAGGUCAGUGUCAUAUUGACCUUACAGUUGCAUGAAAAAAUCCUUAAAGGGAGAUGGUGGUGAGAUGACAUACAAAUUAAAAUUAAUGUUACUUAUGAGCUCUUUCUAACAUUUUAACAGCUUUGACAUCUUUCUUCACAGGGUUAAAAAUGUGAUCUUGAUUUUAAAAAGUCCCACAGACCCUCUGAAAGCAUAAAGUCGUCUAAAGCCUUAAAAUCUCAAGCUUAAGUUUGAUGCGGUGGAUUUAUUCCCAGGUUAUGGAGCUUUGUCGACCCUCUGACUCUCGCCUGGAGCAUGUGGAUUUUGAGUGCCUCUUCUCCUGUCUGAGUCUGCGGCUGCUCCUCCGGGUGUUUGGUUCUCUGCUGCUUGAGCGAAGGGUCAUCUUCACUGCUGACAAACUCAGGUUGGUCCCCUUAGCUGAACCAUAUAUUCGCAGGCUUAUACAUCUUACAGGAAUCUAUAUCCCCUUUGUAACAUACAAAAAUGUCGCAGACACUCUCUGUUGCUGUUUAUGGAUCGAUGAAGUCAGGGGAAAUUAAGUGCAAGCAUGAAUUUUUUUUUAUUAAGAUGCCAUAAAGCUAUGGGUGGUCCAGAUUCACAGUCUUAUUUUUAGACAAAUUCAAGGAAGCCCUAGUUUUGUUUAAGAAACAUACCAGAGAGAUAUUUUGAGACUUGUUUUUGGGGAUGUUGUUGAGCUGGGGCCAGUUUGUUUGUUCUGCAGGACAAAUCCAGUGGGAGUCAGAGUGAACGGUCACAGUAGUAAAAGGCUGGAAUGCCAAGUAGAGUGACGUAAAUGCUCUCUUCUCUGGGAAAUGAUGCUCCUGGGUGUAUUGACUCUGGAUACACUCUUAAUUUGAACCCUCACAGCACCCCCAUGUGGUGAAAAAGAGAUCGUAACUGUAUUUUUUUCUUCUCUUUUCUCAACUGUCCUCUCUUUAGCAUUCAGACUGAUUGUAAUAGAAACAUUAAAAUCUUGUUUGAUUUCAUCUGAAUUCUAAUAACAUCCGAUUACUGUGCCAUUCCUAUUUUUUCCGAAUCUCUCUUGCAGUACCCUCUCCCAGUGCUGCCAUGCCGUUGUGGCCCUGCUCUACCCUUUCGUCUGGCAGCACACCUACAUCCCAGUGCUGCCCUCAGCCAUGCUCGACAUCGUCUGCACUCCAACUCCGUUCAUAGUCGGCCUGCUGUCCAGUUCCCUGCCCCAGCUUACAGAGCUGCCACUGGAGGAGGUCAGAGAAGCGCUACAUUCAUACUGGAAGAAAUUUGGAAAACAUAUUUAGUACUAACAACUAAUGUGUAAUCAUUAACUUUGACUCUCUGUACACAGGUACUUGUGGUGGAUCUUGGGAAUAGUAAAUUUCUCAGACAGGUGAGGCCUGUGUUUGAUCAUUUUUUCUGCUGUUUUCCUUCUCUGGUUACUCAGAACUGUACGCGUAUAAAAGGAUUUCACACAUUUCUACACACUUUCAUCCUGGUUUAUCACACAUAGUUGGACGAUGAGGACUCCAUCCUGCCCUCUAAGCUUCAAACAGCCCUGGAGAAUAUUCUAGAAAGAAGAAGAGAGCUUGCCAGUGAGAGAGGAGGAGAAACACCCAGUGGUGAGCUGUACUCGGUAGUCUCUGUGGGAGGUUGCAGUGUUAUGAUACAGCAAGUUUACACAAAGUUAAAGAAUCCUAGACACCUUUCUGCUUGUUUGCAGUUUUGGCCAGUCGCUGCAUUGGACUAAUCACCUAUUUAACCUUUAGAAGUUAGCAUGUACAUCUCCAGUCAAAGUAAUUUCUGCAAUAUGGUAUAUCACUGUCAAUAUCAAUGUCAAUGUCAGUGUCAGCUUUAUGGCCUGUCAAAGUGCUUUACAGUAAAGAUAGGCAGAAACAAGUGACCCUGGCCCAACUUCAAUAUCCCCACCCCUCUGACCUGUGGCUCCUUACUCUCUUGACUUUGUUCCCUGCUUUAUCCACUGUGUGAUCUCCCUAAAAAUGAAAGCAUAAGAGCCCCAAAAUAUAUCAUUGUUGGCAUUUUCACUAAAUAAUGGAUGUUGCAGGGGUGGGCAAUCAUGUGCCAUGGAGGGCCGAGAGGCUCCAGGUUUUCUUUCCAACCCAAAACUCCACCAGGUGAUUUCACUGAUUACCUUACCUCCAAGCAGAGAUCAGGGACUAAUCAGUGAAAUCACCUGGUGGAGUUUUGGGUUGGAAAGAAAACCUGGAGCCUCUCAGCCCUCCAUGGCACAUGAUUGCCCACCCCUGGGAUGUAGAGAUGUUAGCUCACUCAGUGUUUGUUUCUGUCACUCUUAGAUGAUGUGUUUCUCUAAUUAAAUAAAAGUUUUAUUGCUUUGCAAAUUGUAUGAGAACUUAAAAAAAAAAAAACAUCUUGCAAAAUCUGCCAUUUUAGGUCACAUCAAACACAGAGUGCACCUGUAAAACCCUGAAGUGACUGACUAAAGUAUUUUCACAUGUUAUGUUAUGUCUUUUCCUGUUUCAACAGAUUCUGGCCAUCUGAGCACUGUUGUGUCUGAGGCCUUUGUUCGUUUCUUUGUGGAGCUGGUAGGCCACUAUCCACUCUUCAUUGUUGGUGAACGGGAAGACGGCUACUCCUCCUCAUCCUCCUCCCCAGUCCCCUGCUUCUUCCAGCGUGAGGGUUUUCGAAAGGCCAUCCCGUCAAAGACAAUACGGCGCUUCCUGGAGGUCUUCAUGGAGACCCAGAUGUUUGGCUGGUUCAUUCAGGAGAGAGAGCUCCACAGGCAGGCUCUUAAAGGUAAAAAAAAAAAAUCCUGUUCAGAUAUUUCUUUACCUUUUGAGAGCUGGUCCUAUGAUUCACGAGACUUCCUCUUACCUCAGGGCUGUUUGAAGUGAGGGUGCAGGAGUAUCUGGACUCCAUCCACGAGAAUGAACACAGGAGGGUAAACAGGUUUCUCAAAGGCCUGGGUAGGGUAGUUUUUGAGUUAUUUCCAGCCAAGAUCUGUUCAUUAUUUGUGAAAAACGAGCUCCCUUCAAACAAUCUCACCUUAAACCACUGUUUUUUUUUUUUCUUCGACCAGGAAACAGGAUGAAAUUUCUCUCCAAGAAGUAA